CAAAUUAAAAGAUUUAUACGUGCAUUUUGCAAGUACUCUAUCCUCUCACGCCAAUAAAACCCCCAAAUUUUGAAAUUGCCCAUCCGAGUCAAAAGUAGGGCUAUUCUCUUCAGCCAGUCGCUCUUGAAUCCCGCCGGAAUUUGUUACAAUCCCAAUCUUCUGUAUGAAUAAAAAUUACGUAUUCGGGAUUUUCUAGUUGUUGCUACAGAGUUGGGGUUUAUAAUUGGAUAUUAAAAUAUUUUAUUCAAGAUGGAGAAUGCAGAGUUAGAGUUUGAUAUAGGUUUAGGAGGGGCAGAUGAUGAUAUUGACAUUGAGCCCCAAGAAGACGAAGAUGAUGAUGAGGCAUCCAACGUUGGAGGUGGUGUUGGAAGUGGCAGUGGAGAUAAUGCUUACCCAAUGCAAAUUUACAUUCCUGAGGGGGAUCUUGAUCUUGAACCUUACGAGGGGAUGGAAUUCGAGUCCGAGGAGGCUGCCAAAGCGUUUUACAACUCAUAUGCAAGGCGUGUAGGGUUUAGUACUCGUGUUAGCUCCUCCCGUCGCUCGAGGAAGGAUGGGGCUAUUAUACAGAGGUCUUUUGUCUGUGCUAAGGAAGGUUUUCGAAACUUGAAUGAGAAGCGGACGAAAAAUAGGGAGAUUAAGCGGCCACGGACCAUCACACGAGUAGGGUGCAAGGCCUCGUUGUCUGUCAAAAUACAGGAUUCAGGCAAAUGGGUCGUAUCCAGCUUCGUCAAAGAGCAUAAUCAUGAGCUGGUUCCACCUGACCAGGUGCAUUGCCUCCGAUCCCACAGACAAAUCUCUGGUCCUGCCAAAACUUUGAUUGAUACCUUGCAGGCUGCUGGUAUGGGUCCCCGUCGGAUCAUGUCUGUCCUCAUCAAGGAGUAUGGUGGCAUUAGCAAAGUGGGGUUCACUGAGGUUGAUUGCAGGAAUUACAUGCGUAACAAUCGUCAGAGGAGUCUUGAUGGAGAUAUUCAGCCCCUCUUGGAUUAUUUGAAGCAAAAGCACACUGAGGACUCUUCUUUUUUCUACAGGGUGCAGGGAAGCGAGGAUCAGUACACAGGUAACUUUUUUUGGGCCGACCCCAAGGCGAGAGCUGACUAUACCUAUUUUGGAGAUACUGUCACGUUCGAUACUACUUACAGGUCAAACAGGUAUAGAUUGCCUUUUGUGCCCUUCACAGGGGUGAACCAUCAUGGACAACCUGUUUUGUUUGGUUGUGCUUUUCUAAUAAAUGAAUCAGAAUCGUCAUUUAUGUGGUUAUUCAAUACCUGGCUGGAGGCUAUGUCUGGUCGCUGUCCGGUAUCCAUCACUACUGAUCAUGAUACUGUCAUUCGGUCUGCUAUCAUGCAAGUUUUCCCCAAUACCCGUCAUCGUUUCUGCAAAUGGCAUAUAUUCAAAAAAUGCCAGGAGAAAUUGUCUCAUGUGUUGCAGCAACAUCCCCAUUUUGAAGCCGAUUUCCACAAGUGUGUAAACUUGCCAGAGUACACCGAGGAAUUCGAAUCCUGCUGGCAUUCUCUUGUUGAUAAAUAUGAUCUUGGCGAUCACGAAUGGCUUCGAGAUAUUUACUCCGAUCGCAGGCAAUGGGUCCCUGUCUAUCUCCGUGAUACAUUUUUCGCGGAAAUGUCCAUUACUCAGCGCAGUGAUAGUAUGAACUCAUACUUUGAUGGGUAUGUGAAUGCAUCUACAAAUCUUAAUCAAUUCUUUAAGUUGUACGAAAAAGCAUUGGAGAGCCGAAAUGAGAAAGAAGUUAAAGCAGAUUUUGAUUCAAUGAACACGUCACGGGUUCUGAAGACUCCUUCUCCUAUGGAGAAACAAGCAUCUGAUCUUUAUACAAGAAAGAUAUUCAUGAGAUUUCAAGAGGAGUUGGUUGGAACUCUCACUUUCAUGGCAUCCAAAGUGGAAGAUAAUGGAGAGGUUACUACCUAUCAAGUGGCAAAAUUUGGGGAAGACCACAAAGUUUACCAUGUGAGAUUCAAUGUUCUCCAAAUGAGAUCUACUUGUAGCUGCCAGAUGUUCGAAUUUUCAGGUCUUCUUUGCAGACAUGUGUUGGCAGUCUUCAGGGUCACUAAUGUUCUUACGCUUCCAUCUCAUUACAUAUUGAAGCGAUGGACAAGAAAUGCUAGGAGUAGUCUUAUAUUAGAAGAGCGGGUUACAGAUCUAUUCAAUGGUUAUCUGGAGUCCCAUACAGUUCGGUAUAAUACUCUUCGGCAUGAAGCCUUUAAAUUUAUCGAUGAAGGUGCAGAAACUUUGGAGUCUUACAACGUCGCUAUGGCUGCUUUGUUAGAGGCUUCAAAGAAAGUUUCGCUUGCUACAAAAAAUGAGGGGAAGACUUCUAUGUCCAAUGGGCGUAUGAGGGGUGUUUCAACAGGGGAUGAAACUAAUGGGGAAGCUCAGGGAAGCUCAGCCCACCGAUUGUCUGAGGAUGACAUGGAUCAGAAGAUUCGUGAACUUUCCCGGGAUCUGGAGCAUGCUAAUAGGAAGUGUGAAGUAUAUCGUACAAACCUCCUUUCUAUUUUGAAGGAUGUAGAGGACCAUAAACAACAAUUAUCUGUGAAAGUUCAAACCAUAAAGCUAACCAUGAAGGAUAGUCUCUAAAGAUUGUAGCUUGAUUGAGGCCUGGUUGAUCUGUUCUCGGAUACAUGUUUGGACAGAUUUCAGCUCAAGGGAGAAAACAUACUUCAGAGAAUAGUUGUCUAUCUGUAAACUGUUAGUUUAGUACAUUCUAUAGGUUGCCUAUGAUUAAGGAAAAUACAGAUGCUGUAGUUUGCCACAAUCGUGGGUGUAGAAUUUGGGACAGGCGGCUCUUAAGAUCCCAGAAUGGCCUGGCUCAGCUCUAGAUGCCCUAGGCCGCCUAAAUUUUCCCAACAUCGGUCACAGAGAAAAGGACCAUGUCGUCCCUGACCAGCCCUUUAUCACCUGUAAUGAUAUCCAUGUACUUUUUCAGCAAGAAAUGUUGCUAAGCUCCUCCUUUUCUUUUCAUCACCCCCCCCUCCCCCCCCGGGUAGGAAGGAAUAUAUAGGUUUAAUAUGUCCCUAGUUUUGACCCAUUGCUUUGUUAAUGUCCGAGUUGAAAUCUUACUGCUUCAGACUUGGUGAUAGGAGUAACAAUGCAUAAUGAUCAACUUGGAGCAUGUUUGGCUAAAAAUUUUAUUGAUUGAAAUUGGAAAUUAUUCUUGUCUUCUUCUUUCUAGCAUGCAAAAUUACGCGUUGUUGUAAUGCAUUGCCUCACUUUUCACUACUACAAUUUUUACACAGUUUGAAGGGUGAAAUUCUAACGUAUGCUGGUACGGGGAGAAGCUGGACAGUAUUUGUCGUUGUAGUGUUUUAUGUACCUCUUCUCAGAUCCAAGGCCUUCAAUUGACAGUUCUUGAAUGAAGAAUGAAUAAUUGGCUCUGUUUAGAAAUCGUGCUAGAGGAAGUGUAUAUAUGUGUGUAUAUUUAGCAGUGUAGAUAGAAACUGACAGUGUUUGCAUGCCCGCAAUCUAAGGUUUCGUGUAGAGGGAGAAACUGGAAGAGCCAUCGGACAGCAGAGAAAGACGACUUUCAUUUAGCAGUAUUUAAUGUUGUAUUUUUAGAGUGGCAUAUGGCAUACUGCACGCAGCCAUCUUUUGAUUUCAAUUCGAAGGCAUUGAGUAUCAUUUCAAUUUUUAAAUUUUUUUUUU